AUGAGGCUGAAUACCGGCGCGCGGUCCUCCACCUCCCCCUCACCGGAAUCCGAAGAAGCGCAGGCGCAACGGCUCAUCGACGAGGCACGGAAACUAGGGCUGAAAGUGCCCGAGAAAGAAAUAUCUCCGCCGCUGGCUGCCUCAAACGCCUCUGGAGUGAUUGGUUACUCCUCGCCGGUGCUAUCUUCUGGAUCGUCGACCGACCGGUAUUCAAUAUGCGGUUCCGGUACUCCGCUUCGCGAGUCCGCAUCCCCCACCCGCUCCGCGCUGGACCAGGUCGUUUCGUCGCUAUCGGAUGUCACGCUUGCGUCUGAGCGCAUCAAGCCUGGGAGCACGCGAUCGUUGGCCUCGCUCUCCACGCGCCCUACCUCGUUCUGUUCUAGUGAUGGGAAAACAGGCCUUGCGGGGCACGGAUAUCAUAUCGAUUCGUUCGAGCCUAAGUUGCAUAGGCAUUCGAUGCUGAGUGUUGCUUCUGCCGACAAGAAGGAGAAGCGCCGGAGCAGUUUGAAGUCCGCGAUUGGGAGACUACACUUCCGGAAGAAGCGCUCAUCUUCCUCGUCCUUCCUUCCUUCAGAAGCUCCUGUUACUAUCUCCCCGGGUGACAAUGGCUCGGUCAAUGUGUUCGUGGAACCUGAAGCAGAACCGAACGGCGCAGCCAAUGAAGAUGCCCCGCCUUGUGCAAGCAUUGCGCAUCCACCAUCUAGAUUAGAGAUUCCCGAAGCCCCUCUUCCCAGCAAAGAGGCGUUACAAAGGACCCUAGACGACCCCGAAAUGAGUGAAUUGCACGAGAGGCAUCAGCUGGAAAAGAACCGACACCUCGCAUUUCAAGACGUCGCUCUAAGUAACCUCCGACGCAGACAUCAAACGGCCAUCUCAGAACAGCAAUCCGAGAACCAGCGUCGCGAGGAAUGGAAACGCGAAAAGAACAUUUCCUCCAUCCUCCAAAUGGAAGAACGCCAACUAGCAGUCGAAAUCGAACAACAACGCGAAUUCGACCGCGCCAAAAUGAACUCCCGCACCCGCAUAAAACACAUGGAGGGCUACCUCCGCAAUGCCAGCCCACCGCCCUCUCCCUCUCCCUCUCAGGCAAGAUUAGCAACAAGAUCCGAGCCCGAGCGGUUCUCGGGAUCAUUCUCGGAAUCCGAAUCCACCCCGCCGCCCCGCGUAUUAACCCGGCAGCACAUGGAACAGCUGGAACAGCAAUACCACGAUCAUGAAUCGAUGGAUCAGCUGCACAAUGCGCGGAUCAAGGUCCUGCGUGACCGCCAGGAAGUCAAGUUACAGGAAGCCAUGGCGCGCAUGGAAAGGGAAUUGGACGAGAUGUGUGAUCGACAUGUCAGGGAGAUUGCUACGCUGCGGAGUGAGCAUGAGCGGGAAGAGACGGACCUUAUGCAAGCUUUGGAUCAGAAAAAGAUAGCUAUGUGUCAGCGCUGGCAACUGGAAGAGGCUGUGCUACGUCGGCAACUUGAGGUGCGACAUGGCCAAUCGUAUGGCCCUCUACCGGUUGUUUCGUUUGAGGAUUAUACGCCUGAUACAGACACCCCUGUUGCUGUUCCGACAGAAUCUCCUCUCGACAUGUUAGGAACGGGUGCAACUGAUCCGAAUUCGGAUUCCGUGGUGCUUUGA